GGUAAUAUGCAUUAUGAUGCGUUUUGUUUAGCUUAUAGGCGUAACUGAGUGUCUCUUUAUAUUCUGUAUAAAAUGCGGCGAAACGGGAGCUACUAAAAAAAAUUAUUCAUGUUAGUGGCGUCCACUGAAGUUGCAACAAACAUCGAGUAUCGAUGCAGACGAGGGUGGGAUUUGUGUUGUUUCAAAAGUUGAGGUUAUAAGUAUUUUCGGAAUUUUUCGAAGAAAGUAUUGAAAAAGCAAUGUCGCUGUGCUAUUUAGGGCCAACAGCGUGGCGUACAUUUCCCACUUACGUUUUUUGUGUUUCUAAAAGACAUUAUUGUGCAUCGAAGUUGAAACCACUGCUAUGUACCGCAUCCUGGUGUAAACAAGGAGUACCGGCGUUUACGUCGGCCGCUAAAAGUGAAAUAAUUGUGAAACUCUGUAGUCCGAAAAGCGUUUGGUGUGCACAAAAACGAUCAUUACAUUUAAGCUCCAAUCUAAGCGCGAAACGCCCAUAUGAAGUGAACACUGAUAUUCAGAAGGAUGUGAUAUUAUUUAGACACCUAAACCCCAGGUGGUAUACGGUUCUUAAUUUAUUUGCAGUCUGUCAGUUUUGUUUCUGGAUGUAUUCUGCUCAUUUAGGAUAUACACUACUGAAAGAUGCGCCGGUGAAAGCGGAUGUGAAUGAAGAUCUCCCCUUCUGGAGGAGGGUUAAUUUAGGAGAGAAGAAAUAUAGACUUGGAUUUACUCUACUUUCUAUAUUCGUAGGUUUAACUUUGAUGACAACCACUUGCUUGUAUACAGCAAAAUCAGUUAAGUAUCUUAUAUUACGGAAAGGGGGAAGGAGCAUAACUAUUGUUACACAUGGACCAUUUGGAAGGAAUAUUUCACGUACAGUGGAUCUUGCAAAUGUCAGUUGUCCAGCUAGCCGCGGGAGUGCUAAAGGGCAGCUGCCAAUCAAAGUGAAAGGAAAUUAUAUUCAUUAUGUAUUAGACAUGAGAGGAGAAUUUACCAACCCUCAGCUUUUUGAUUACACUGCAGGCUUGAAAAGAAAUUUGUAAGCUAUGUAUUUACUUGAGGCAAGGUUUUUCAAAUGCAAAUUUUUGCAGCAACUGUCAAUUUUAUGACCAGUUUAUGCUCAUUCCUCAA